UUUCCGACCAAUCGCAGAGGCGAUAACAAAAUAAUAAUUUAGAAAGCAAACACAUUUUCCGGGAUAUGGUAAGAAGAAUGGGAUCCCGCAGCAGAAGUAGAUCACCACGCGAGCGCAAGGAUCGCUUCGGACGUACAGUGAAACGAAGUCGAAGUCGAUCAGCAUCAAGGUCUAGAUCAAGGUCACACUCUAGAGAUAGAUACAGGCGAAGAAGUCGCUCACCAAAUUACGGAAGAGGCGGCAGUAGAGAAAGAAGUCAUUCCCGAGAUUUUAGAUUUGAUCGCCGACGUGUUCAGCCCAGCUUCCGGCCACCAGUAGAGGUUACUGAUAGGACUAACAUUGAAGACCCGGAGUUUUUAAAUGCACGGUUGUUUAUUGGAAAUCUGCCAUCGGAUAGAACAACAAAACAAGAUUUAGAAAAUCUUUUUCAAUCGUAUGGUAAAAUCUUAGGGGUUUCCAUCCAUGAUAGAGGGUUUGGAUUUGUUCAGUUUGAGAAAGAGGAGGAUGCGAGAAAAGCUAAGGAUGGAGAGAAGGGGACAAAACUGAACGGUUCGGUGCUAGAUGUGAAGAUGGCAGCAGAAGGACGAAAGCAGGGAGGGCGGGGCAGAGGGAGAGGGGACCCAGGGGGCAGGGACCUCCCUCCAGUAGGCUAUGGCCGUGACCGUUCCCCAGUGCGAGACCCGUACAGGGAGCCUUAUGGCCGAGGACUGCCACCGCCACCACCACCAAGGGACAGAUUGGGACAACCUGAUGUCCCGACUGCCUCUUCUUCUUCAGGCUCAAGGGAUGACCCCUAUUUUGCUGAUCCAUACAGACGACCACCAGCAGAUGACCCCUUCCGUGAUCCCUACAGGGAUGAUCCUUACAGACGUGACCCUUACAGACGAGAUCCAUAUGAAGACCCCUACCGGGACCCCUACUUCAGGGACCCCUAUCUUCCCCCACCCCCACCUAAGAAGCCUGUGCCUGCCGAUGUGCAGAUCAUCUGUUUAAACAAACAACUCAUAGGUUAUGCUGAAAGCAUUGAAGCUCGCCUGCGUCUGAGCGCUCUCAUCGUCGACAUCGUAAUCAUCCCCGAGGACAUGCAGGUGCCACAGAUGGUCGAAGAAGCCUCGCGUCUCAAGUUUCUCUUCGGGAUCAUCAUAAACAGUCAGAACGAGUCGCACAAAUCAUUGACUUUGAAUAUCCUGCAUGGUGUUCCACAAGAGCACCGAAAUAUGCCAUUGGAAGACGCGAUGAAGCUAAUUGCCACCAGUUUUGAGAAGUACAUUCAAACGCAGCGUGAGAAAGUUUCGGGCGGUGCGGUUGCCCCUGCUGGGGUUCCCCCUGUCCCUGCGGCGGUGGCUGCCCCACCGCCUUUCCUUCCCCCCUCCGCGGACAUUUCGUACCUACUUAAUUUGCUAGCUGAUAAUCGCCAGCUGACUGUGGUGGAGCUAGAUAAAGUGCUUGUUUACCUUCGGGAACGGAAAGAAAAACUUAUAGGUCCAACAGCAAGACCAGCAGAGACUGUAGCUCCUGUGGUCCCAGCAGGUGUUCCCCCGGCAGGGGUUCCAGCCCCGCCUGCAGCAGCCGGGUCAACAUCUGCAUAUCUUCAGCAGCAACAACAGGAAUUGCAGAACAAGAUCCUCAAUAUCCUUAAUGGGACAUCCUCUACCAACACGCCUGCCCAGCAGACUGCCUCACAGCCUGCCCAGGCAGCUAUGGGGUACGGUAGCAUGCCUUCAGCAGGUGCGGUCAGGCAACAGCCCCAAGCCAGUUUGAGUCAGGCUAGUCCACUGAUUAACUUUGAUAAUCCUAGUGUAAAGAAAGCCCUAGACAGCCUCAUGCAGAGCGGACCAAAUCUCCUGAAGAGCGUGCAGUCAAAUGUACCAGCUGCUGCCCCUGCCAGACCUGCAGGAUACCCUGGCUCUCAGCCUGCCGCACCAGCCCAAGCCCGAUCUCAGCAGCCUGGAUACCAGCAGCAGGGACAGUUUGCCGCCCAGACUCAACAGCCCAGUCAGCAGCAGCAGCAGGCUUCACAGAGCUACGGGGGUCAGGCCCAACAACCUGCGCAGCAGGGCUACGGGGCCCAGGCAGCCCAGCAGGGUUACGGGGCCAAGGAAGCCCAGCAGGGGUACGGGGCACAGUACCAACCACAGAGGGGUUAUGGGGUCCAGCAGCCCCAGAGGCAACCAAUGGGGGUGAGAGCUCCACAGGCUGGUGCAAGACCAAGGUACUGAGUAGCCGGAGAUUCUGACAAGCUGGAGACAAUGAGUUUUAGUUUAUAUAAUAAUUGUUAAUGGAGUCCAGUGGCCAAUGUAAAUGAGUAACUGGCGAUACUGUGUAACCUGAGGUAUUGAAAGAGGCAUUAAAUUUUAAUUUUAUACCACAUAGUGUUACUAUUGCCAGCGUGCACAUGAAUAAGGUAUUAAAAAGCUUAAGCAUGUUUAGGUUAAACCUACUUGUUAAUACAAGCUGAUGAAAGGCGUGGUUACUGGAUAGAGUUUUAGUUAUAAAUACAAACAUUUUAAUGCUUUGUACAAACAGUUGUUUGCAGACAUUUAUUUUCAGUGUUGUUUAUUUGUAUUUUUUGUAAAAAAAAACCAUCACCAUUUUGAUGCUUUUAUAAAAUUUCCAACUUGGAAUCGCGACUGGUGUUUAUGAAUUUAUUCACCGUGAAAUCAAACAUGUUGUUCUUUUUCAAAGCAAAGGCACAUUGAAUAUUGCUAGAAGGUUUUUGUCAUCAGGGUUUCUUAAGUUUAGCUUUUAGCUUUUGCCUGUUUUACAGUUGUAAAGUUUUUUUUUUUGCGCAGACAUUUGUAUGAAAAGCAGAAGGAGUACCUGGAAAUGAAUAGAAUUGACUUUGGAGAUAUUUUCAAAAGGGGUCUAAGAUUGGGCAUGAACCCCCCAUACCAUACACCCCUGGAUAAUCUUCAGGAUUGACAAUUAACAGCUGUUAGAACCCCCUGCAAAGUAUUAAUAUGCUAAAACAAUACAGUAUGUGAAUUAUUUAUGUGCAUUUAUUCUUGCGAAGUGCAUGCUUCAUGUUCAAUUACAUUUAUGAAAGUAACAUCACACCUUUUCUCCAUACCGGCAUUUUGAAUUGUUCAUUAAAGCUGGGGCCAUAAUUUCUUUGGUCCCUUUUGCAAGAUUGUUCAUCGUGUUUUGAUUUUUGUAUACAUAUUGAUGAAUUUUAGGUUGUUUCUUAGAUUUCAGGUGUUCAGUAAAAAUGUUGUAUACAGUGGCUGUAUAUUGAAUCUUACGAUGAAUAAACUCGUGUGAAUGGUU